UGGAUUGCUACUCCUGCACCUAAGAGAUGGCACCCAGCACUGAUUUUCUAGAUCAGCAAAAGAUGACACCCAAGGAAAAAAAUAAGCUACGAAAGCCAGUUGUGGAGAAGAUGCGUAGGGACAGGAUUAACAGCAGCAUUGAGCAGCUGAAAGGUCUCCUGGAAACUGUCUUUCACAAGCAGCAGCCCAACGUGAAGUUGGAGAAGGCGGAUAUUUUGGAGAUGACAGUUACUUACCUGAGACAGCAAACUCUUCAGAUAAAAAGUGAAAUACCUCAUAACAAUGACAUUCAGAUGGAUUACAAAGAUGGUUACUCCAGAUGUUUCGAGGAAGUUAUUGACUUUUUAUCGCUUCACCAAAAGCAGCCAGAAACAGCAAAGCUAAUCAGCCAUUUCCACUCAAAAGCAACAGCCAGCAGUAUUUCAUCUUUUCCUAUCAGAUGCAGUCAAUCCAAGACAGCAAAUGGCACUGGCAGCAGCAGCAGCCUUUGGAGGCCAUGGUAGAUGUGAAGAAAAUUGUCAUUCAAAACACAACAACCCAGAGGAUUAUGUGACUUGUUCAGUUACGGUCCUCUUAGACUGUAGGAAAUAUUUUCCUGUACCUCUUAUGCAAGGGGUUUAUAUUUGUUUGAAAAAAAAAUGGAGUGCGGCCCUACAGUCAAUUUAACCCUGCAGGUGCACAAUGGCACCCAAGAGGUUAAACUGGCUCUGAGCAAUAUGGGCAUUAGCCCAGCACUCUGUUAAAAGUAUUGUACUUUGCAAAAGGGGUAGUGCAUUGCAUGUGAGGAAAUGAAAGUAUAUGCGUACUUGCAUUUGCCUUCAAUAUGAAGAGUUUCUAUUAAGAUGUAUAGGUUGUACAUGUUACAGUAUUUGUAGGUUUAUAAACCAUUCUACAUGCCAAUAAGCACUUAUGGCUCAGGCCAGUUUGAUUCUGCCAUGCAGAGAAUCACUGUGUAGAAGUGAUUGUAAUAAUGGAUAUUUACACCAUUAUAGGCUUGUAUAUAUAACCUAUAUAUGACACACUAAUGGCUAAAUGUGGAAUAUUUCUACAUAUAUGUUUGUUUUUCAUAAAAAUAGUAUCAGCAUUUAUGCUUUAUAUUAAAGAAUAUAUGUAUGAGAUUCAAUGUAUUUCAUUUUGGAAUCAAUUCCAGAAUUUUAUGGCAAAAUGUAUUUCUUAAUGAAAAAUAUGUUAAUGCAUAUUGUAUAUGCACAACUUGUAUCUUUAUUUAACUGAAAAAUAAAUGUAUUUUUGUUAUAAUAAAAAUUAUGCUGUAUAUUCAA